CUUGCGAUGGCAGCAGUGACAGAAACCAACAACAUCCAUGCAGUGACUGAGGGGCCGGAAGCAGAUGAUGCCAAAUGCAGUUUCCAUCACGGAAUGUUCCUGGAACCCCAAGAGAAGAAGAGGAGCGUGAAGGCUCUGGUGGUUAAGCAAGCAAAGAAAACCUGCAGCUGCACUCCAGCCAAAGUUAAAGACUGGGUUUUCGGUUUCUUUCCCAUCUUACAGUGGCUUCCUAAAUACAAAGUAAGGGAGGAUCUCCUGGGAGAUUUAAUGUCCGGGGUGAUCGUGGGGGUCUUACUAGUCCCACAGUCAAUUGCCUAUUCUCUCUUGGCUGGAGUGGAGCCUAUUUAUGGCCUCUAUACGUCCUUUUUUGCGAGCCUUAUUUAUUGCAUAUUUGGAACCUCCCGCCACAUCUCAGUUAGCAUCUUCGGUGUGACCUGCCUGAUGAUGGGGCAAGUGGUGGAUCGUGAAAUGGAGAGAGCUGGCUAUGACGUGGAGCCAGCUGUGCUCAGCGUCCCCCCAGGUGCAGCAGCACGUGUGAACACCACCCUUUCACCAGUGAAUGGCACAUGGCAGGAGCUGCUCUGUGACAGGAGCUGCCACGCGAUUACAGUGGCAGUCACCGUGAGCUUCUUAGCUGGAGUUUAUCAGGUGGCCAUGGGUUUCUUUCAAGUGGGCUUUGUCUCAGUGUACCUCUCCGAUUCGUUGCUGAGUGGAUUUGUCACGGGCGCCUCCUACACCGUCCUAACCUCACAAGUCAAGUAUCUCCUGGGCCUGGACAUCCCACGGAGCGGAGGCGUCGGCUCUCUCAUAGUCACCUGGAUAAACAUCUUCAAAAACAUACACAAGACCAACAUCUGUGAUCUCAUCACCAGCUUCUUGUGCUUUCUUGUGCUUGUCCCAGCCAAAGAGCUUAAUGAACGUUUUAAAUCCAAGCUCAAGGCUCCGAUACCAGUUGAACUGGUUGUGGUUGUGGCAGCUACUCUGGCAUCUCACUUUGGGAAACUGAAAGAGACUUAUGGCUCGAGCAUUUCUGGGCACAUCCCAACUGGGUUUCUGCCACCUCGCUCUCCAGAUUGGACCCUCAUUCCCAAUUUGGCUUUGGAUGCUGUUGCCAUCGCUGUCAUUGGCUUUGCCAUCACGGUCUCCCUCUCGGAGAUGUUUGCCAAGAAGCAUGGUUACUCUGUGAGGGCCAACCAGGAAAUGUAUGCCAUUGGCUUCUGCAACAUCAUUCCUUCCUUCUUCCAUUGCUUCACAACCAGCGCAGCUCUUGCCAAGACUCUUGUCAAGGAGUCCACAGGCUGUAGGACGCAAGUCUCUGGCAUGGUGACUAGUUUGGUAAUCCUGUUAGUCCUCCUUGUGAUUGCACCUUUAUUUUACUCCCUUCAGAAAUGUGUCCUUGCUGUCAUAACCAUCGUGAACCUCAGAGGAGCCCUGCGGAAGUUCAGGGACCUGCCGAAAAUGUGGCACUUGAGCAGAGUGGACACAGUGAUCUGGGGAGUUACCAUGGCAGCCACAGCACUCAUCAGCACCGAGAUCGGUCUUUUGGUUGGCGUUUGCUUCUCCAUGCUCUGCGUCAUCUUCCGAACUCAGAGGCCGGAGGCACCUCUGCUUGGCUGGGUGGCAGAGUCCGAGACCUACGAGUCCCUGUCUGCUUACAAGAACCUGCAAACCAAGCCAGGGAUCGUGGUGUUCCGUUUCGAAGCCCCGCUCUACUACAUCAACAAGGAGUGCUUCAAAUCCACCCUGUACAAACAAACUGGGGUCAACCCAGUCUGGGUGAAGGCAGCAAAGAAAAAGGCAGCAAAAAGAAUGCUUAGGGAGAAAAAGAUGGGUUCUGGUGACAACCAGACCAGCAUCUCCAUGGAUUUUGUGACUGAACCUCUGGAGUUUCACACAAUAGUGAUUGACUGUUGUGCAGUGCAGUUUUUGGACACGGCAGGAAUAUGCACACUCAAGGAGGUCUGCAAGGACUACAAGGAGAUAGAUGUCCAUGUGCUCCUGGCCCAGUGCAAUCCUUCAGUGAGGAGUUCCCUGAUCCGAGGGGAAUUCUUUAAAGAGGGGGAGGACCACCUUCUCUUCCACAGUGUGCACCAGGCUGUGGACUUUGCAUUGGGCACCCAGGGACACGGUGGGACCAGUGCUUCUAAGGACUAGCUGUGAAAAGACAGCAAGUUGGAACAAAGCCUGGGAAAAAGUGUCUGUGGGUCUGUAUAUCUAUGCAAUCAAUAUAUGUGCACUCAGAUAAAAAGGGCAGGGUGGUUCUUAGCAUGCUGGUUGCUGUGCAGUCUGCUUACAUGCUUUAAAUUUGCCUGCCAGGUGUAGUGAUCCAAUGAGCGGUACUGAACAAAGGCAAUUCUUAGCUUGAAUGUGGCUAAUCUGUGACUCUAAGAGUUUUCAUACGGUUGUUCAUCUCAUCUUUCUCUUCUCUCUUGAACUUUCGGUGUCUCAGUUCCCCUCUAAGGUUUAAUCAUCAGCAUUGAAGUCUUUAUUGCAACCUUUUCUUUAUGGAUGGGGCAGGAUUCUAAAGUAGUCUGGUCAUCCUGUCCAGCUGAAGAACGAGGCAGCUCAUUUCUUGUCCCUCCUUCUGGCAUUGCUUUUCCAUCUCCACACCCUUAUGUUUGCUAAGGAAUGACUGACAGGGACUUUUUGGUUUGGUCUUUACUGUGCAGUGUUUGAUUUUUUUAACCUUCCUGAAGGUAAAUAACAGGUAGAUAAAUCAAAUCUAAACAUGCAUGAAAAGAUCUUCAUGAAUAGCUUCUAACCACCUAUCACCUCCAGAGGCUUUGGCACUGUCUCCUAAUGCAGCCAGGCCACGGGGGCAUGGUUAUCUUAUUUUUCCAGGCCUUUAUGUGCCUGUGCCUAUGGAAAUGUUACCUCUCCAGUUUGAUUUUAAUGAUUUUUAUUCAGAGGUGACUGCUUAGAAGUCUGGUUCAUCUUUAUGGUCAGUCAGUUGUUUUCCUAAUAUUUAGGAGCUCUUUAGGAUUGUGGACAUUAGAUAUGGAAAAUAUCUAGUUCUUGAGUUUCAACAGAAAACAGUCCCUUAUAGGCAUUUUUAUAUGCCAGGCAAACAGCAGCACAGGCACCAAAAUGGAAAGGGCCAAAUAGAUGAUCCAACAUCUAUCCAAAUGUGUUCAUGUCACACAGACUU